UAGCCGGUAUUCUGUAAUUUUCGAACCAGUACUGCAUGAAGUGAGAGUUGGGGUAUCUCCCGGAUCUGGGAGAUCUCCGUAACCUGAUCUCCAGCUUAGAGCCGGAGCUGGGAGUGUGGCGCUGCAAAGCUGGCAAAUCUCUGUGCAAGAGAGGCAGAAAUGAUCAACUUCAAGGGAUCAGUGACACUCCAGGAUGUGGCUGUGGAAUUCACCCCAGAGGAGUGGCAGCUGCUUGACUGUGAUCAGAGAACCCUGUAUUGGGAUGUGAUGUUGGAGAACUUUAGAAACCUCAUCUCAGUGGGAACAGGGUGUCCAGUUACUGAAACAACAGUGAUAUUCAAGGUGGAGCAAGGACAAGAACCAUGGAUGGUGGAGGGAGAGAACUCACAUCGGAGCUCUCCAGAAGCUGACUGCCCACUUGUUGAUGAAUCAGACAAGCACCAGAAAAGCAAAGACAAUUUUUUAAAUUCAGUUUUGUUCAUGUUCAAUAAAAUUCAGACUGUGAAGAGACUUCAUGGUUAUAAUAUGAGCACAAGUCUUAAUCCUACAAGAAAAAAAUCAUAUAAAUGUAAGUCAUAUGGGAAGAGUUUGCAACCUACUUUGGACUUUCUUAAUUAUAAUAGAUGUUAUAAUGGAGAACACUCUGAUGAAUGCAAUGAAUGUGGGAAAGCCUUAAAAAAGAAAUUUAAUUUCAUUAGACAUGAAAAAAAUCAUACAAGAAAAAAACUGUUUGAAUGCAACACCUGUGGGAAAGCCUAUAGCAGCAAGGCACACCUUGCCACUCAUCAGAAAAUUCAUAACAGAGAGAGACCCUUUGUGUGCAGUGAUUGUGGAAAAGCGUUUACACAUAAAGCACAGCUCGUGGUCCAUCAGAGACUCCACACUGGAGAGAAGCCUUAUGAAUGCAGUCAGUGUGGAAAAUCAUUCACUUGGAAUUCUUCCUUUAAUCAACACAUGAAAUCGCAUACACUUGAGAACUCAUUUGAAUGUAAGGAAUGUGGGAAAACGUUCAGGUAUAGUUCUUCCCUUUAUAAACACUCUAAAUUUCAUACAGGAGAAAAACCAUAUCAAUGCAUUGUAUGUGGCAAAGCCUUUGGUAACAGUUCUGUGCUUGUUACCCAUCAAAGAAUUCAUACAGGAGAGAAACCUUAUGGAUGUAUUAAAUGUGGCAAAGCCUUCAUCAAGAAGUCUCAUCUCCUUAGACAUCAGAUAACUCAUACAGGAGAAAGGCCCUAUGAGUGUAGCAAAUGUGGGAAACCAUUUUCCCAGAAGUCAAAUCUUACUGUACAUCAGAAAAUUCAUAUGUAACAUUCACUUAUGAAUAUGAGAAAGCUUUAAUAUUUGAUAAGUUAUUGAGUAGAGAAUUCAUGGUGAGGAGAAAUCAACAAUUUGAAGGAACUGAAAAAAUAAAUUCCCAUAAAAAAAAUCAAUGCCAGUCAUGUUCUGGAAGUGAUAAAGUAUUUAGAGGAAAGAUCACAGAAAACGUUAAUUUAUAAUGAUAAAACUUAGAGCUUGGAAAGCAUAAAUUAAACAAUCAAGGAAUCAGUGAAAACUACAUUUAGCAUCUCUGAUUAUUUUUAUAACAAAUUAUAUAAUUAUGCAAGUAUGAAUAUAAAAUAAGUUUAUAUAUUAUAUUAAAUUAUAUCUAUUAAGAGUUUCUGAAGUAAAUAUCACACUUUUUCUUCCAAUCUGAAUAGUAACAUGCAAGUGAAAAAAUGUAGUUUAAGAUAUAGUAUGAAUUUCAGUAAUAUUUUCAUCCAUUCGCUGGCACUUUUAAUGGGUAUGGCAGUGUUAUUGAAUCUCAGAGUCUCCUCUUUAAUUCUAAAACUUGUUAUAAAGAUUUAUAGAAUUACAUAUGUGUAUAAUUUAACAAGAUAUCAAUUGAGAUGGUGAAAGCAGUUGUAUUCUAUACACUAAGUGCUCAGUUGUGGAAAAGGAAGUAUUUAAAGAAGUAUGUAAAUAAAACGUUUGCACUUCA